UUUUUGUUGUAUUGUUUAAAAAGUUUAAAAAGCAUCUGUUUCGUUAUGCCAAAGAGGUCAAAGAAAUCGUCGGUGUCCAGCGGACAGAGAAAGCCAACCACUUCCGUCAUCCGGGACACGAGCUACAAAUGGAUCACGUUCGGAUUUCCGGAGGCACAGUUCACCUGGGUCAUCGACGACUUCAGUGUCUGGGUUGCAAACCGAAACCAACGAAGGAUCGCGUAUUCUCCCGAAUUCCCUAGCGAGCCUGGUGCCACCAAGUGGAAGCUGGUAUUCCUUAUUGAUGAAGUCCAGGAUUCAUCCGAGGACGUUGACACGGAUACAUCUGACGACGAUGAGGUGGUUACACGCGACCCAGCACGUGACGAAGUUAUAUCGCUGUACCUUCUACCCGUGACGCAGUGCUCAGAGAGGAUGGAAGUUGAAUUCGACUGUACGAUGUAUGGGAACCACCAGAAGAUUUAUGUUGGAGGCAAACUUCUUGAAUUCACACCGGACUCUGAUGAGGUGCAAAUUUUCCGGAAACAGACGAGUCUUGUAACGUGUGUAAAGAACCGAGACGAUAAACUCGUUAUUUCAUGCAGAGUGGCAAUCCGAGACGUUGAAGAGAAACGAGAAACGAGCAGCAGCGAAGACAUUCAAAAGUUCCACGUGGCAAGCGCCAACCUAAACUCGGACAUGGAAAAGCUGCUGAACACGGAAUUUGGCGACGUCGAGCUGGUGGUCGGAAAUCGCAAGUUUACGGCGUACAAGGGCAUUCUGGCCGCUCGAAGCACCGUGUUUGCGGACAUGUUCCAGGGUCGGGGUAAGCGUUUCAAAGUGGACGACAUGGAGCCGGCAGUGUUUGCAGAGUUUCUGCGAUACCAACCAAGUGUCCGAUUUGGACGGUAUGAAGUUCGGCUUGUUUUCAGCUGGCUUCUGAUACAACAUCGGAUCGCUCAUGCGGCUCUGUCAGGACGCGAUUCUGGAGUCGCUUUCGCUGGACAAUGUCGCGGACGCACUCAAGCUGGGAGCAACGUGUGGGGAUCUUGAACUGAAGCAUCGAGCGCUGGCGUUCAUAUGGAAAGGGCCAAUAGGGCUAACGAAGACUCGUGGCUGGAAGGAGCUGGUUGUUACCCAUCCACAGCUGGUUGAUGAGGCACUUGAGGUGCUUGUCAAGAAACUUUCCCUACGCACCGAAACCUUUGAGUGAGCUGAUCAAUAACUAAGCAAAGUUAAGGGAUCUCUGCAGAUAAGACGAAAAUAAGCAGUUUGACGAA